AGGGCUCAAAAUGGCGGCACCAGAACAGCCUCAGGGCUCAAAAUGGCGGCCAGAGGGGUGGCGGGAUCACCUCAUACCAAGAAAGGCCUUGAGGUGCUGGAGUGAGUGGAGAGGAGGGAACGGAGCUGGUGAGGGGCUGGAGCACAAGUGUGAUGGAGCGGCUGAGGGACCUGGGGGGUUCAGCUGGAGAACAGGAGCUGAGGGGAGACCUUCUGAUCUCUGAACUGCCUGAAAGGAGCUUGGAGCCAGGGGGGUCGGGCUCUGCUCCCCAGGAACAAGCGCCAGGAGCAGAGGAAACGGCCUCAAGUUGUGCCGGGGAGGUUGAGGUUGGAUGUGGGAACAAUUUGUUCCCCAAAGGGCUGUGGGGCAUUGGAACAGGCUGCCCAGGGCAGUGCUGGAGUCACCAUCCCUGGAGGGUUGGACAGACGGACAUAAGGUUCUCAGGACAUGGGGCAGUGCUGGGGGUAAGGAACGGUUGGACUUGCUCAUCUUGAGGGGCUUUUCCAACCAAAAUGACACUGUGAUUCUACUCCAUGAUGCAUCAGGCUGGAAAGCACAACAGCCAUGCUGGUCCCUGAGCUGCACCAUAUGUGUCCCAUCACCUCAUCAUCCCCCACCCUCAUUUUCCCGUCCCUGGGGCAGCUGUAGCUCAGCUCCUCCGCCCGGGGCUCCAGCUGCCCCCGUUUACCCUGGCAAUGAUUUACCGGCUGGGGGGGCCCCUCCCCAUCUCCGCCCCAUGGACCUUGGAGCCCGGGCCUGGCUCUGCCGGGCUCCUUGCCACCAAAAAUGUUUUCCCUGUGGUCCUGGGUGCCGGCAUUGCCUGGGCUGGCGUGGGGCUGGGCGCUGCUGGACGCGCUCCUGCAAGGGCUGGUGGGUGCCUGCGCUGUCUCAGUGCUCUGCAGCCUCCUGAGGGUUUAUCUCUACAUCCAGUGCCUGAACGACCCGGAGCGGCAGGCGGAGAAGGCGGCGAUCGGGGCGCAGCGGCGGGUGCUGGAGCUGCUGCACGUGGCGGUGCUGGCGGCGCUGCUGGCGCUGGUGGGAUCCCGCGUGGCCGCGCUGGUUGUGCUGGAGUUCUCCCUGCGCGCCGUCUCCACCGUCCUCUCCCUCGGCAAGGGCGCCCACAGCAGCCAGCUCUACCUGCUGUGCCAGUACUCGCUGGGCUGCGGCGUGUCCUGCGGCCUCAGUUUCCUGCUGGAAGGGGCUCCCCAUGGGACCUGUAAUCUGGCGCUGGCGGCCGGGCUGGCGGGGCUACUGGCCACCUACACCCAGCGCUUGGCCCGGCACGUCUGCACCCUCUACGAGCUGCACAGCCGAGCGCGUUACUGCGGCGUCUGCAUCCUCCUCCUCACCGUGGGUCACGGCAUCCCCCGGCUGCUCCGCAACGCUCUGACCGUCGCCUUCGCUGUGGGUGACUUGGCCGCCGUGGCGCUCAUCAACCGGGAUUUCCUCUCCGCGGCUGAGGCCGUGCGCUUCUGGACGCCGCUCACCAUCUGCUACACGCUGCUGGUCAUCUACAUGCAAGAGGAGCCGGGGCAGAGCGCCGGCGGGCGGGCGGCGUACCAGACGGUGCUGGUGCGGAUGGGCGGCCUCUUCAUCCUCCUCCUCACCGUCGGCCGCUGGACCGACGUCCUGCACGUCUUCAUCUCGCUGCUGGGAGAGCUGUGGUGUCUGCUGCGCGCCGGCACCAUGCUGGAGUCGUGCUGGCGGCAGGAUUUGGUCCCAGGAUCUCGGCUGGACGGGCAGUUGGGAUCAGGAUCAGAAGAGACGUCGUGAUGAGCUACGGGGUGUAACCGGGCGGCAGAAACUCUGGGUGGCUUUGUCCAGCUCCACGAAAUAUGGGUGUCCCUUAAAUCCUCCUCAUUGCGUGUCCCCCGUGGGGAUGAAGGAAAAAGGGCUUCUGGAAGGUGCUUGGCCCCAUGCUGUGGGGCAGGGGAGGCUCAUGUGGCCCCUUUUUUUGGGGGGACCCUGUGAGGUUGCAGCGGUGCUGGGAGUUCACUCCCUGGUCCCGCCGGGGAUGUGGGAUGCUGAUGGACGUCCCUGUCCUGGCAGCUGCAGGGCCGCACUGUUGGGGUGCAGGGCCCUCUGGGGGCAUAUAAAUCUCAGAAAAUAAAGUGUUUUCCAGCAAAAUCCA